AUGGCUACAAAGAGUUUUCGAACCAGAAUCAAAGAAAAUAGAAUCCAAAGAGUUGAAUGGGUAGAACUCUUCCAAAAGAUUAGAACAAAGGCACUCAACUCUUCUAAUAUUAAAGCUAACUGGAAAGGGGCUGGUUUGACACCUUUUUCCCCACGAAAAGUGCUUGAUACAUUACCAUUUAACUCCUCCCAGCAACCUUCUACUUCACAAAUAAGAACUACCAAUCAAGGCCUAGACUUUUCUAUACUCAGAAGUUCUCCCCCAAAUGGGACAGAACUAAGGCAAGCAAAUCAGACCUUUAAUUCAGCUUUAGCAGGCAGCGAUUUUCCUGCAUCAUCAAUUCGUCGAUAUGUCAAGAGGAUGACUAGGUUUGUAGAAUCUCAAAAUGCUGAGAUAAUUCUAUUUAGGAAACAAUUUGCUGAUGAAAAGCCUAAGGAGAAAAAGCCAGGAGGACGGCCACGCAAACAUCCAAUUGAAGAAUUAGAGGAGGAGACUGAAGAGGAAGAGUUAGAGAAUAGUUCAAAUAAUUCAGAGUUGGAAUUAGAGGAAUGUGUAGCUCGUAGAACAAGAUCGCAUGUAAAAUAA